AUGACAAGUAUUAAUAACUCAGUUUCUUCAUUCUACGCAUUUUAUUCCUUAUAUAAACAUUUUUAUCCUGAAAAGCCAGAAGUAACGUUUAAACAAAUAAACGAUACUGCAUCUCUAUAUAAUUUAGAUAACAGUUUUAAGCCCACAAGCAAAACUUCGUUAUUUAUUACUUGGAAUAUAAAAGCUAUUGCUCCAAUUAAUCACCACACAAGCUCGGAUUCAGAUUCAGAUUCAAGUGCUGAUGAAGAAGGGUAUAAGUUGAGAGGUUGUAUUGGAACUUUUGCUAAAUUGCCCUUAUCAUCAGGUGUUAAAAAAUAUUCUCUAAUAUCUGCUUUGCAUGACUCAAGGUUUCCUCCUAUUAAAAGCAAUGAAUUGGUUAAUUUAAAAGUAACUUGCAAUAUCUUGCAUACUUUUAAGACAAUUUAUGAUAAGAAAAAUAGUAGUGGUGAUAUUUUUGAUUGGGAAAUUGGCAAGCAUGGAAUUGAAUUGGUGUUCGAGUACAAUGGAAUACAAUGUAGUGCCACAUUUUUGCCCGACGUUAUGGUUGAGCAACAUUGGGAUAAAGAACAAACUUUUAAAUAUUUGAUUUUAAAAGGAAGUAAUGAAACCAACUUAAUGUCCAUUAUUUAUAAAAACUGGAAAAAAUACUUUGUACAAGUUAUUAGAUAUGAAGGUACUAAGAGUACCUGCGGAUAUGACGAAUUUUUAUGUACUUACGAAAAGAUUGUAACUGAAAAUAAAGAUGCAAAAAAUGAUUCCAACAAGAAAAUCGCUAUGUAA